GGUUCCUAAUACCGGUUUCCUUAACGAGUCUGAACAAUUGUCUGCUAUUGCCUAUUGCCGCUGCCUUUUCCAUCUCUCUUGCUUUCGCCACCCACCACUGUUCACGAUCAUUGCGUAGGUUUCUCGUCAGCUUGCGCUUAAGCUUACUCCGCUCUUCAUUAUGUUCAGAGCCAGGUGGAAUGAGUUUCCGAGCAUCUAUCAGUGAGAUAGAUGCUGCUGAGAUCCAGUGUUGCUCCCUAACCCUCUGGUUUACCUUACUAGCAGAUAUCACUGCUGUUUCCACAGCUUUUCGUUCCAUGCUGCCUCGGAGUGGGCAUCACAUACAUGUCUGCCUAACUGUUUUCCUAGUUGUUCCUGAAAUAUACUCUUAGCUUGACUAUCACUAAGUAGGGCCCUAAGAGGUUUACUUGCAGCGUCUGUCCUACAUCCAGUAAGACGCAAGCAAAUACGCGCUCGCACUAGAGCAUGAUCUGAAUCUAGGCAUGUGCUCCAGAAUGAGCGACAGUCUUCUAUCGAGUCCCUCCAUCGGUGGCUGAUAGCGAUGUGAUCUAUUUGGGUCCAACGUUGGGACGAAUUAGGGGGUCGCCAUGUUAAAAGAUGUUUUUCCUUAUGCUUAAAGUUAGUAUUUGCAAGGAACAGGCGGUUAUCUGAGCAUAGCUGCAACAGACGGUCGCCAUUAUCUGUUCUUUGAGCCACGACACCAUAAGAUCCACCUAGGUGUCUUUCCCUAUCGCUUAGUUUACCUACUUGAGCAUUAAAGUCACCGGCCAUUAUUACUACAUCCGAGCGCCUAGCUUUUCGGAGAAGGUCGGAGAGCUUUCUGUAAAACUCAUCUUUUACAUCAUCUGAGCUGCAGUCAGUGGGAGAAUAGGCAGAAACGACGAAGAUGCAACGACAAGUGUCCCUAUCUUUUCGGAUUCUUACUGUUCCGUUCAGUCGGACAGCGCACAAACGACUGUCUGAUGGAAUCCACUCUAAGAGAGCUAGUUCCGCCCUACACCGGCAAGGCCACGGGAAGUAGAAUCUGGGCUUCCAGAUACACGAAGCGUAAAUCGAGUCGGUUCUUUAUUUUGGCAUGGUGAGGUCAAAUGAAUGACGCUACUCGGAUGCUGUAUGCGCGUUUCGGAGACGCAGAACACAUCGAUGGCGCGGGAUUCUAAAGUCCUAGCUAAGGAAGCCUGUUGUCCUAUUUGGCAUAGUGUUCGGACGUUAAAAGCUCCUACGUGUAGUUUGGAGCGUGGUUUUAGGAAACCAGGAAUAGUGUUCCACGUACUCGAAUCGUUUGCCCUAGCGGUGCGAGGUGAUAAAGAGACGUGGGGAGGGUUAGUCAUGGAGAUAAGAGAGGUAUUAGGAGGUGUAGGAAGGAUUUGAUGGUGACCAACUUGUUCUCGUGUGCUCUUACAGGUAUGAAGGCUGGUGUCUCUUCCCGGCUGCCCACACCGUGGAAGGGUAUUUCUUGAGGAACCUGAAAAGGAAAUUGGAUUAGUGUUGGUCUUGACGACCUGGGAGCGUGACCGCAGAGCCCAAGGGACAACUGCUUGAGGCCGGUCGCACACGGCCUUUUUGUGGAAGGUUUUUGACGUGUUAGCUCCGUUCUUCAAAGGGCCUUACCGCCGGAGACGGAAAUCCGUGAGGUAAGGUGAGGUGUGACAUUUUUAGGGUCGACCUUUUCUAACCCCACCCCUCCUUGUGGGAAGGCAGCAUCGCUGUCAUGCUGGAUGUCCGAGGGAAACACCUUACUGCUGUCACACCCGUCUACAGUCAGCAGUACGACUUCGCCCUCAGACCUUGAGUUGCUGCUUUUAGUCUUACCGUUCACCAACCGACCUGCCUGGCAUGGUAGAACCUGCAGGAACAUAUGUUCCAGCCAAUAUAGCUCGGUUGGGUCAUCACGAUAGGCAAGCCCGACCACCGCGUCAAGGUAGCAGCUUCGAUCGGGUUUGGCGUUAGUUAUCUCCUUCGUAGACGGAAUCAAUUCCGUUCAAGAAUUUUCGUUACAAUUUCGAUUUGUAUUCUGAACUGUUUAAUAUGUUAACGUCUUUCAAACACUGUAUGUAAAAUUGCAUUGCAGGACGAGGAAUACUGUAAAAACAAUACACUGUGUACCAAUAAUUAACAUGUAUUUGACUUUUAGUAAGGCUUUCAUGGUAAUACAAGAUGUAUUCGGACUUGUUCAGUGGUUUUUUACAUUUGACUUUAGUUGGUAGGCAGUUGUUAAUUUGACCUUUCAUAUGACGUUUCCCAGUAUUGUUUACGUUUAGUAAAUUACCGAAUUUCUCAUGCAAAUAUUAUAAUUUACUCCUUCCAUAAUGGUAAGGGUUAUGCUACUUACUCUUAUGAGUCGUUUUUCAUUCUAUUAUUAUUUAUCAACCUUCAUAUAUUGCUCCACUUUUCAAUAUAUGUGUUUCAGAUAGCAUAUACUCACCCAAAGAUAUCAGAUAUAAUAUUCGAAUUGGAUCAGGUUGUUCUUAAUCUGUUACACAGAAGUGAACUAGUUUGGAAAUUUCUCGGAUGCCACCUCUCUGCUUAUACAUUUGGUCUACAUUGUAGGUUAACAACGACUAUGAGCAUAUUGUAUCAACCAUCCAACCGAACAAAGUCAGUUUAUUCAGGAGUUUUCGAUUCACUUCAACAAUCAAUACGUUUUCGAGCUUAUUCUAAUCUUAUGAUUCAAUGCUAUAAUAAUUUAAGACAAAAUGUAUGUCCCUUUAAAAUAUUUUUUUAUUAAUUGUGUAGAGAAAUUGAAAAGCAAUUCAGAUCUUUGCUUUUUUACAUGUUUAACAAAAGGAAGCCCCUUACGAUUCUAAUCAUUUAAUUCCACUUCUAGUUGCUGAAAACUUACCGUAUUAAAACAUAUAUACGAAUGAAGAAUUUUUUUUCAAUAAGUUCUCUUCAGGUUCUACAAUUAUAUAUCCAAAUUAAUCCAAAAAUGACCAGGCUCAAGGCAGAGUACAUCAAUUUAAAUUAUAGCAUGUGAAGUUAGGAUCAUCUGUAAUAUAAAAUAAAAUGAAAUCUUUAGUGUCGGGAUGACUAAUAUAAAGUGUUAACUUGAAUAAGCUUAUACGUUAAAUGAAAUUGUGAGAUAAAUGAUCAGAAUAAACUCCCGAAGUUCUAGUGAGAAGCCGUUACCAGUGGAGUUCAACCAGGUCUGUUGUGAGAUAGGAACUCACUGAAGACAAUGGUGUACGGUGGCGCAACUUCGUGGAUUGGUUGAAGUUAGACAUUAACACCGUUGGAUGCCGGCUCAGUGGUCUAAUGGUUAAGUGCUCGCGCGCGAAGCCAGUAGGUCCUGGGUCCGAACCACGCGGGGUGCGGGGUCGUGGAUGCGCACUGCUGAGGAGUCCUAUACUAGGACGGAACGGCCGUCCAGUGCUUCCAGGUUUUCAAUGGUGGUCUAGCUUCAACUGACUCAUGAUUUCAAUCUGUGAAAUUUCUAAAAUCUCCACAAAACCCAUUCUGAUAAGAAUAAAUAUAGUUAACAUAAGUGGAGAGAGGUAAUAAUGUAACUACAUAUCAUAAAUCACGUAGUAUAUAGAACAAUAUGAAUUGGCUACGAAUUAGUAAACAGAAGUGAAUGCUGAAUAAAUUUCUCAAAAAUCGUUGGACCGGUUAUUCGCAUAUAUUAUUUUAGAUACCACAAGUAAAAUUCUAGUAUAUCAAUCGAGCAGUAAUGACUUACCUACGUUACACACUUUCGACAGCCAGCUCCAGUUUUGGUAUAGAACACAGGACGACAGUUACAAAAUUCUAUUUAUGGAGUGCGUUCAUCACAUAAAUAAAAAGAUAAAUUUACAUUCAAAUGGUAUAUCUAAAUGGAAUGAAAUAAUGUAUGAUAAGAAUAUUUCGUAUCAUUUCAUUGUGUUACAGGAGAUUAUAUUAACUUCUCACCUUAAGAUAGUGAAGUAUAGAUACAAACAGAAAAUCGAAAAGCAUAAACACAAAAUGUUACAUAAAUCUAGCCAUAUUCAAAUAUAAAAAUGAAACUUACAUGCACGGUGGUCCUUUUGAAAUACUUCAGUAAUUAUGUACUUCCACCAUUCGUUAUAUGAUGUCGCACAAAACUCGGUUAGUUAAUAUUGCUAUAUAAAAAGGCUAUUAACUGAGCGAAUGUAGAACUUAUUUAUGAGUAUUGGUAUAGUGUUGGGGAAUAUCAAUUACCUUGGGUUAUUUCGUAUUCUGUUUAGGAAAAAUACCCUAAAAUAUUCCCAAGAGUUGAAAGUAUUGACUGUGGUCUUCUUAGCCUUUUUUAUUGUUACUGGUAAAUCUCUGGUAAUCUCAAUCGGUGGUUGAAGACUUUGGAUGGUAUGGCUCGGAAUUGUUCACAGUGAUAUUCACGAUCUUGAACUCCAGUAUUCCUCCAAUAUAUAUCUUUCCACAGCCUUUUCGGACCAUACUCUCAGCCCGCACUUUCAAAACUUUAUCGAAGUAUCGUGCAUAUUUGGUUCGAACUACCAUGGUUUAUUUGAAAGAUAAUCAAUAUACGAUGUCUCUGAGUUAUUCUCAAAGUCAUCAUCCUUGGUUGUACUCUUUACCGUAUUUUUCAAACGAAUAUCUUCAACUGUAUAUCCCUUUGAAAGGGUAUUAUCUCAAGGAAUUGAUUGAUUUCCAUCCUACAUCGCGUACUUUUGAUUCUGGUUUAUUCAGUGUUGUCAAACAGUCUCUAAUAUUCCCUUCCUCAAUUAAAAACAUUGUCGUGAAUAAUAGAAAUUAUCAGCAUAAACGGAGUGAGAAAAAUCAAAGGAAUUUUACAAGCAGAGAGAUUUCCGACAGUUCUUCGAUUGCUUAUACUCCAACCUGGUGUCAAGAGGACUACGAUGACCAGGUUAUGAUACAUGGCUUGAUUGGUGAAGGCUUGAUUCUGUUGGAUGAACUAAAUGAAAAUCCGAAUGAGGAAGUAUUAAGCAGCCUGUACUAUCUUCUUCGUGCUUUGCGUGUUGUCUUCGAAACAAAAGAAGUUAGUUUUUUCACUUCUCAUUCUAGUGUGAAACGUGAUUAUUCCGGUUGGAGAUUGGAUGUAAAUGAAAUUUCACCAGAUUUAUCCACAUCAUUGGAGCGUUUUUUGGCCAAAUUUUAUUCAAUCUACCCAUUACAAUUAUCUCCUGAUUCUUCAUUACUUAUGUACAUAAAGUGUAAUAAACAAAAGUCACAAAAAAUUAAAAAUAAUCAAAUUGGAAAUGCUGCAUUUCUUUUAAACUCAUCCAAUGGACAAAAAUCAGUUAAUUUAACUAGAAAACAAUUUAAGCAAGAACGUAAACGUAGAAAUAAACAAUUGAAACGUCAGUUGAAAAAUGCUAUUAUUUCUGGUGUUACUGAUGAUAAUAACAAUAAUAAUAAUAUUGACAACGUUGAUGAUCAUAGUGAUUCAGCUGUUGUCGACUAUGAUCAUUCAACUUCAGCAACUAAUUCCAAUGAUUAUUCUACAAAUAAUACGUUCAAUUCUAUCCGAAGAAUUAAUAAUCCCUCUACAAAGGGUAACCUGAAUAAUCAAAUAUUGUUUUGGAUUCAACUAAUCAAUCAAUCAGCUUUUGAACUAUUCACUUACAUUGAAUAUUAUUCAUUUAGAUGCUCAACAGCAAAUCAUCACUCUCCAUUUCUAUGGCCACCACCAGAGAAUACUCAAGAGCGUUUAAUCAAGUUUUGGUUUAACCAGUUAUCAUGUUUUGAUCUAUCUAACGCGACAACAGAGUUUUACCAUGAAACCAGCUGUUGGUUACGUUCAUUUGAUUUGUAUUUGCUGUCACCUUACCGUUUUAAAUGGAAUGUAGAUAUAUCAACGCGAUUGUUUGUUUCACCAGUGAUAGUUUUCUUGGGGCAACUUUUCCAUCUAUUCGCUACUAAUAAUUCUGUUAAUGGUGAUAAAUCCCUUAGUAAAAGAGAACAUUAUUUAACUGGUCGUUGUGCUGGUCUAUUAACUACUGUCUUAACAAGAGAAUUACUUCGUCUUAAUGAACAAAAACCUGAAUCAGAGAAAAAUUUAAAUGAUGAUGAUGAUGAUGUGUCGGUUGGUAUGGAUGUUGAAUUCAAUUCUCAUGGAGUGGAAUACAAUGAAAUGUGGUUAUGGAACAAAUUACAUAAUAAUCUGUCAGAUGAAAGAAUGAAAUCUCUGCAUGGAUCAAUAUUUCCCACUUUCAUAAAUUAUUUAGUUCAAUUUUCAUUGAAUCAAUCUCCACGUAUUUGUUAUGCUCCCCCACUAACUGAAGAAACAGUAAAUAUUAUACGAAAUCAAUAUCCUAGUUGUAAUAUUUCCAUUGGUAAUCUUAAACAAAUACAAAUUGUAGAUAGUACUUGGACAGCUUGUCUUCUUCAACUCUAUCAUGUCAAAUAUUCACUUGCUGUAAAAUAUGUUCGUGAGAAUAAAGAAUUAUGUACAAAAUUACAUCUCACUGAAACAUACUUGGAUAAUUUCACUAUGUUGAGUGUUUUAAAUGAAAAACUAAACGUUCAAUAUGAUACACAACUUUUGAAAGAUCAAACUGGUUGGCUUGUUCCUGGAUUUUUGCCAAGAAUCACAGAUGGUCGGUAUACAUGCCCAGUAUUUUGGCGUCCAUUAAAAGAUAAUCGGAACAAAAUAUUGCCUUUGUUGUGAUGUACAUAAACUAUAUUUGAUGAUCUUUGUUUUAUAUUCAUUCUUGUAUAUAUAAGAUCAUCCAUUGUCGAAUUUUGUGUUUUUAAGAAUGUCUUCUGUAAAGAAUACC